ACACAAACAUCUACGCCAGAAAAAAAAGGUUCAGGUCACCAUUCCUACCAGUCAUGAUGCCUUUUGCUUCCGUCUGUGCCAUUAUGCAGUGAGAAAGCAUCAACCGAGCUGUAUCUUUCCUCUCCGACCGGGCCCUCUUCUGUCUAGCGCAUUAUCAACUUCCCAGCAGAUAACGAGCGUUGUGUUGUUGCGCUGUUAAUAAUCAUCCGUUUGGUACCGCCAUCCAGUGUCAAUCGAACCGUACUCCGCCAUGGAACAACCCGCAUCCGACGACACGGCUUUUGUUGUGCGUGGUGCACCAGCACCGGACGAUCUAACGCUCGGUACCAGAUCUCUCGGUGAACUGUUUCUCCAAGUGCUCCGUAAGAAGCCCACCGCCGUUGCUCUGGUAGAUGGUGUAACUGGGAAGGAAUACACGUACGCCGAGCUGCUGGAACGUUCCUGUCAGCUAGCUGCCUAUCUGCACGAUCACAGCAUUAAGCGGGGUGAUGUGGUGGCGAUAGUGGCGGAAAAUCGGAGCGAGUACCCUAUCACGAUCAUUGCACUGUUCCUGGUGGGAGCGACGGUUGCACUGUUCAAUCCAAGCUAUACCUCGCGCGAGCUUGUGCAUGCGCUGGGCGUCGCGUGUCCAAAGCUAGUGUUUGUUUCGUCGUUGGCCCGGGAUGCGCUGCUGAAGGCGUCUCGAUCCGUCAAACAGGGCUUUACCGUUAUCUCGUACGAUGCGCUGGAACGUAGCACAACCUUUGCCCAGUGUUUACAGCGAUCAAACAAACGACGAUCCACCGCCGAUACGCUGCAACCAGACCCGGUAGAUAUUGCCGAUGAGGUGGCCGUCAUCGUAAUGUCCUCCGGUACGACCGGUUUGCCGAAGGGCGUGCAAAUCACACACCGCAACGUGAUGGCUACGAUGGCCAACGUGCGCGGUGCGCUGGAGAAAGGUUUGCCACUGCACUGUAGCCUGGACGUGUUGCCCUGGUUCCAUGUGGCGGGCGGUAUGUCGAUGGUAAGCUGGCUCGGUGCUAACCUGACCGUAGUCUAUCUGCCACGCUUCGAACCGCGCACCUAUCUGCGCUGCAUCGAACGAUACAGACCCAGCUUCCUCAACAUGGUACCGCCGAUUGUGGUUUUCCUGGCCAAACAUCCGGCCGUCCCGGAGUACGACCUGUCCUCGGUACAAACGAUCGCGUGUGGCGCCGCUCCACUUAGCCGGGAAGUGGAAGAACUCAUCUACGCACGGCUCCCCGGUAUACGCAUCCGACAGGGUUAUGGGAUGAGUGAAACUACGCAAGCGAUCACAUUCUACGACAGUGAAAUGCCCAAACCCGGUAGCAUCGGUAAGGUGCGUGCCGGUCAGCUGGGCAAGGUGAUCGACGCUGACACAGGGCGUGCCCUCGGUCCCGAUCAGCUAGGUGAGCUAUGCUUCAAGGGUACUUUGAUCAUGAAAGGCUACAUCGGAGGAGAGCGUGUGAUCGAUGCGGACGGUUGGCUGCACACCGGUGACAUUGGCUAUUACGAUGCGGACGGUGACUUCUUCAUAGUGGAUCGCAUUAAGGAGCUGAUCAAGUACAAAGCGUUCCAGGUAGCGCCGGCUGAGCUGGAAGCGCUGCUGCUGGCCCAUCCGGGUGUGAAAGAUUGUGCCGUGGUGGGCAAGCAGGAUGAGCGUGUUGGUGAGCUGCCGCUAGCGUUUGUGGUACGAGCGGAAGGGAGUGCAGUGUCCGAGCGGGAGCUAGUUCGGCACGUGGAAGAGCGAGUGUCCAAUGAGAAGCGGCUGCGUGGAGGAGUUAUCUUUGUGGAGGAGAUACCAAAGACUGCCAGCGGUAAAAUCUUGCGACGCACGUUACGCGAGUUGGCAAAUCAGAAGGCAAAACUGUAGUGCCGUUGAGGGUGCAUUGGAGCGAAGGAAAAAUUGGUAAAAGUGGAGAUUUUUUUAAAAUAAAUUAAUAAACUCACAGAUUGAUUUUUA